AGAGCUUUGCGGAGCCGCCGCGCCAGCGCAGAGAGGCACGGAGACGCAGCAGAGAGCAUCAAGGCGACUUCAUCUGGAGGAAAAUAAAUAAAACAACUUUAGCAGGGACAGACUGUUCGAGAAAAAACAGAGGAGGUAUUGAUUUUUUGCGCGGACAUAAAAUGAAAGGGUUACCUGGCUGUAUUUUGGAUUUGGAGUCUUGUAUUACACAGCUGCGACUUUGACUCUCUAGGAGUUGUCUGUUGGAGGAAUUUCAGGCACCCCGAAUCAGGCUUGAGUUGGACAUCCAGGAACCAGUCAAGGAGUAAACUAAACUACCUCUCACUGGAAAAGCAGAGACUAAAGCACCACUACCACCAUGGAUGAGGAACAGUGCUACUACAACGAGACCAUCGCCUUCUUCUACAAUCGCAGUGGCAAGUACCUUGCUACUGACUGGAACACCGUCAGCAGGCUGGUGAUGGGCCUGGGCAUCACUGUGUGCAUCUUCAUCAUGCUCGCCAACCUUCUGGUGAUGAUCGCCAUCUACGUCAACAGAAGAUUCCACUUCCCCAUCUACUACCUGAUGGCCAACCUGGCAGCUGCUGACUUCUUUGCUGGACUGGCCUACUUCUACUUGAUGUUCAACACAGGACCAAACACGAGGCGCCUGACUGUUUCGACGUGGCUGCUGCGCCAGGGCUUGAUUGAUACCAGCCUGACAGCGUCUGUGGCCAACCUGCUCGCCAUCGCCAUCGAGCGCCACAUCACCGUGUUCCGCAUGCAGCUACACACUCGAAUGAGUAACCGGCGUGUGGUGGUGGUGAUUGUCAUUAUCUGGACCAUGUCUAUAGUCAUGGGGGCCAUCCCCAGCGUGGGCUGGAACUGUAUCUGUAGUAUUAAGUCUUGCUCCAACAUGGCGCCACUUUACAGCAACUCCUACCUAGUCUUCUGGGCAGUGUUUAACCUUGUGACUUUUGUUGUUAUGGUAACACUAUAUGCCCACAUCUUUGUCUAUGUGCGCCAGAGGACCAUGAGGAUGUCACGGCACAGCUCUGGACCACGACGCAACCGAGAUACCAUGAUGUCUCUGCUGAAAACCGUGGUGAUUGUGUUGGGUGCAUUCAUCGUCUGCUGGACCCCCGGCCUGGUCAUCCUCCUUCUUGACGUCUUCUGUGCCAGCUGCAACGUCCUUGACUAUGAAAAGUUCUUCCUGCUUCUUGCCGAGUUCAACUCGGCCAUGAACCCCAUCAUUUACUCCUACCGUGACAAGGAGAUGAGCGCCACCUUCAGGCAGAUCCUGUGCUGUCAGCGGCAGGAAAACGUCAACGGGACCGCGGCAGAGGGAUCUGACCGGUCGGCGUCAUCCAUCAACCACACGGUGCUGAGCGGCGGUAUGCACCACCACCACCACCAUAACGAACACUCUGUAGUAUAAAGGAGGGCUGGAGAUUGCGGAGAUUAAUCCAACUGCUUGAAGGAGUUGAUCUCUUUUGGAGAUACUGACUGAAAGAAGGUAAAUGGCAGCAAGGGUAGUUCGAGAGGGACCGCGAACAUGAUAUGAACUAAAGACAGCAACGUGAUAAAUUUGAGAAUGAAGAUAAGGUAGAGUUGAUGAUGAGCUGGAUGAAAUCACAAUGAAGAAGAUGAUGGCGACUAUGAGGAAAGAUGACAAGACUUUAUCGCGGUGUGGGGAAAGAAGAGGGGAGGAGUCUGAUCUUUGAGGACUCUUGAUAGGCUGUUGGUAUUUUUGUUUAGUUGUUUAUUAUUUUCUAUUUGUUUUGAAUGUGUUAUGUACAACGCUGAUAUGAACUAUUUAAAUCUGUGAAAUGAAGGUAAUGCCAGUAUAACCCAUCCUCUUUCUCCAGUCUUCUCUAACAUUGUGUCUCGCAGUCGUUGGUUUCAGACUUUGACCCCUUGAUUCCCAUUCUUAAGAAAGGUAUCAUAACAUCAUCCAUACAGUACAUGUUACGUACAGAUGCAACAUGACACUAUCUGACUCCUUGUAUUAGUUGUGACAUUUUAGGUCUUGGAGCACUAUUCUUCCUUUAUUGUAGUUUAGGAAAGACUUCAGAUCGCACAUAUGCCGUGUUGUGCUUAUAACAUGUAACUCUCCAACAACCUCAAACUUAACCUAACUUAAAAAUUACCUUGCGGGGACUCAAGGCUCUGAAUAGUGUUUGAAUCUGUUUCCUUUGUUCUCCAAAGUGAAACAUUUAUGGGAUGAUGGAUAAUGCUUAAAAAUACAUAUAUGUAUUAAUACUGACAUGUUUGAUUUAUCAAAAAAAUACAGUAAUACUGUUCAAAUUCAUCUUUAGAUUACUUUUAUUACUUUAUUAUUUUUUAUUUAAUGUUUAUUUGACAGGGACAAAUGCAUGGAACACUGCUUUAUAAAGAAUACAAAGUAGAUUCCAUGCAUACAGGUUUCUAGCCAUGACUAAUUUGCAACCUUGUAAACCCCCUAAAAACUUAGUAUUCUACUAAUCCACUUCUCCCACUAAAAAGCUUUUGUCAAUGCAUCCCAACAGUUUCUUCCUUUCAUCCAACUUUAAUACAUAAAGGGUCCAGGAUCCUGAGUUGUUUAUUCCCUCUAAGGAAUUAGAGACAAGUUGUUCCAGGGAUCUUACCAAAAAGGGGAGGAGGAUGUUUGCGGUUUUAGCGCAGACUCUGUGACACAGUGUUAUGUGGAGACAAGGUGAAGGUCAUAUCUGGUGAGCGUUAACAGACUUCAGAUCAGGAUAAGAAAUGUGCUGAGCUGCCUGCCUCUCUCGGGUUUUAUCAAGUGUCUCUGAGUCCAUGAGGCUGACUGAGGAAAAGAGGUCGAAGUGUGUAAGUGUUUAUGUUAAAUUGCCCUCUGGUGGCACGAGUAGGAUCUCUGAAACUAAAAAUGACUGAAAACUAGAUGAGAGGUGACAAGCUGGGCCAUUCUGUCUGCCUGAAUUUGUAGUUUACAAACUAAAUUUUGCUACGAAUGAUACAGUAUCUGAUAUAAACAGUUUGGACUGUAAACACUGACUCACUCUAUUUACCACCAGCUGUCCGGAUUUGAAGACAUUGAUGUGGGAACAACUAUGUCACCAGAUGAAUUUGAACACAGGGGGCUGAGAUGAAGAAAAAGCUAGAAUGUCUAGCUAGCAUAUGGGACCAUUUUUUAACUGAGCAUACUACUGAUAAGUCUAAGAGUCUACAGCCACACUAGGAGGGCUCUGUGGGGCAUUGCUGAGCUGACACGUUAACAUCAGCAUGCUAACAUGCUUAUAAUAAAAAGGCUGAACAUGCUGAUGUAAAGCAGAUAGUAUUUGCCAUGUUCCCCAUCUUGGUUGAGCUUAUUAGCAAGCUAACAUUUGCUAAUUAGCACUAAACACAAAGUAAAGCUGAGGCUACCAAAAAUAUCUUUCCUAUUAACCAGAAACUGAAUGACAUGGACACAUGUUUUGCUGUGAGUGUGUUAUUGUGGAUAUUAAGUAUAGAUCCCCAUCCAAAAUGUAUUAUGUUUUGUUUAUGUCACCAUACGAGAGGGUUGUGGUUAUAAUAUUGUUUUUGAUACAAAUAAUUGCAAUGUUUUGCAUACACAUAUAGGGUAUCCCUUCCCCUCUCCCCCCGUCACCCUCCCCAUGGUGGCAUCCCUCUUGUGCUGUUUUCAUUUAAUUCAAACUGAGAAUCAUCAUUGAGAAGCAAAGAUGAACUGUAUUGUAUGGCCUUAACUCUCGAUUCAGUUGGAUAUCCAAUCCCCAAAAGGAACACUGUCACAUCAUGUGUGUAUACCUUCCUAGUGAAUUAAGUUGGCACAUAUAUGUUGAUGUUUACCAAAACAGCAUCAUGGACUGUUUACCAUAUCACAAUGUUAAGCAAUUUUGGCACCCAAUUCUUACUUAAAGGUGUACAGAAAACAUUGGCGGAUAACAGUUUACUCUUAUUAUAAAACUCAAAGGUCUAGUAGCCUUUAGGAUGUUUUUCUUAAUGAAUUGAAUUUGUGAAAGGUGAGGCAGAGUUGAGCCAGUGCAGUGUUGAAUGGUGUUAUAUUAUUUCCACAAGUGCACUCCCUGACAUCUACUAUUAACUUGAGAUUCUUAGCCAAGUCAGUAUGGUGAUGCUAUGACGUGCGAUGUUAAAAAUUGCCAGCUGGACGUUUUGUCCUGACUUGAAUCAAAACACUUUCUGGCCAAAACACAUAGACAAAGCUCCUAACAGCUGACAGAAAAGUGGGAAUCAUGGCCAAAAACACAGUCAAAUGUUUUCCAGGAAGCAAGAUGUUUGUCAGGGAUUUAAGCUGCAGUGCUAAAAUGAAGUCAGCUGGUAUUUUUGCCUGUCGAAGUUUCCCAAAAUGUUGCCCUGUUUAUGAGGCAAGAAAGCCUUUUAAUCUCCUGGUUGUGCCUCUACAUGUUGCACGUUUUUUUCCAAUUUAACUUAAUUAAUUAGUUUUGCCUUUGAAUUUGAAGUUUCACUUCUGUCUCAUCAUUUCGUUGUUCAGACUUUGUCUAUCUAUGUCUCUGGACCCAACCCUCCACCUUUCACAUUCACUGUAACCAUUUUUCUAACAAGGUUUUGAUUCAGGUUGUAUAGCAGACCAACUAAGUUUUCUGUUUUUGUAUGUCUUUGUUUACCAGUGUGUCAGUCUUUGUACAACAUUGUAAGUAUAUGUGUACAGUAUGUAUAUAAAUAUAUAUAAAAUAUAUCAUUCAAAGUUAAUCACCAAAGGGAAAGUGUUUCUGUGUUUUUAAAUUUAACUGUGCUAUACUCUGUCCAAGUGUACUGUAGGAUUUUCCUUAAGGGUUUUAUGGUUUUAUUAGCCCUUUGUAUGAUGACUCUAAUCAAUGAAUUUCCUUUAGACACGAUUACAGUUACUAACUUGUUUGUGACCCAGAACUUGAUAUUUAUGUGUGCAGUGCAUCCCAGUCCUCAUCCUUAAAGACUAACUUAACACCAGUCUGAAAAGGAGUGUUUAACCACCCUCUCUUCAAAUUUCAAAUCUGUUUCACCUCUGACCACACCCAGCAGUGAUGUCACAGUGUCCUGGAGUACACUUGUACAUCACUGCAGCAAGGUGAGAAGUUAGACCAACGGAGGUCAGCAAAAAUAAGAUUUCCAGGUGGUGUUAACAUCCUCUUUAAGUUAGUGUGUUCCUAACACCUUCAUUUUGCAAAUGCCUUAAAGUAGAACAAAGAUGAAUGUCAGUGUUGAAGAAAGUUUUCACCAGAGAACAUGAUUUUUGAAUAAUGAAAAUACACAACACAGCCUCAAAAAUACAAUGAGUACAUACUCAUAAAUAUAGAUUACAUAAUAUUAUUUGAUAAAAAUAUCAGGUCUUGUUCUAAAUUAAAAUAUUUGAUCAACGUUCUGGGGGUCAAAACAAGUUCAAUUGUCCACACUCCAGCAGUCACGACACACGUCAUUCCCCUGUCAUGCAUGUCAGCAUACGCCAGUGUCCUUUCCCUCAGUGUUAACUUAAGGAACUUUCCCGAAAGGCAACAGUUUUAUCAGAUUAGCUGCCCAGAUUCUCACAUCUUUUCUGUUGUUCCCUGACUACUUCUUAUUUUGUUUGAAUGGUGCGUCCAAUGUUGGCUAUGGGCUUCAAAUGACAUCACAUGACGCAGCCGGUGUGUGUUGCACUUAAGAGAUGUUAUUAUUUUAACCUGUUCAUCCAAAAGACUAUGAAUGGCAUGAUAAUAUGUACAUUAUAAGGUCAAUGACUGACAAACUGUAAGUGUGAAACAUUUUGUUCUUCCAAAGUGAAAUAUUGCCUCAAACCAUGUACCAGGAGUUUGUAGAAAGUAAUUGUGACACAAGCAUAAAUGUUAUUUCCAUACUAUCUAUACUGUACCGGCCAAUAUCAAUGAAUGUCCACCAAAAGUCAUAGUGUUAAUAUCCCAGCAACAAUAAAAACAUGAGAAAAGUCUGAA